AUGACUAUUAUCCAGAAGGCUCAAAAAUCCAAAACUAAUAACUAUGCUAGCACUUUGGAUCAGUUCUUAGAAAUUACUUACAAGUGUUUUAAAGAAGCCCUUGCAAGAACUGGCCAGUCAAGACAUUCAUUUAGCAAAAAGCAGAUAGAAGCUUUCCUACUAGACAAAAGAAAGAAAAAGGUCAUUAUAGAGGAAAGAGCAAAAUAUUGUGCUAUAGUCAGUGAUAUUAUAGACAUUUUCGCCUAUUAUUUAAACUUAGAUCUGAAAAAUAAAGAUGAAAAUGAAAUAGUUGCUACAAAUGUGAGUAAAAGGAUUCAAAACAUGAAUGUUUUCAAAAUUCCUACUAGAGAGGAUCUUAUAGAUAUAAUUGUGAUGUUGAGUAUAAGACCUGCAGAAGUAAGAUUACUUCAAAUUAAUCACUAUGAACUGAAUUCUUCAAAUAUUCUAGCAUAA